AUGUCUGAGGAGAAAGAUAAUCUAUUUAAACCAGUUGGUGAGGCCGCCGAAGAGGUUUCUGAGGGCCAAAUGUUACCUAACGGUGUCAAGUUGACUGGUGCCGAAGAUGCGAUGGGUCAUCCAGUGCAAGAGAUCGAAUCUCUAUGUAUGAACUGUCACGAGAAUGGUACCACCAGAAUGUUGCUGACAUCUAUUCCUUACUUUAGAGAAGUUGUUAUCAUGUCCUUUGAAUGUCCACACUGUGGUUUUAAGAAUUCUGAAAUUCAACCUGCUUCUUCGAUUCAAGAGAAAGGUUCCAAGUAUACUUUGAAAGUCGAGAACAAGGAUGAUUUCAACAGACAAGUUAUUAAGAGUGAAACUGCUUCAUGCAAAUUUAUUGAAUUAGACAUUGAGAUUCCUCCAAAGCGUGGUGUGUUAACCACUGUUGAAGGUCUACUUGAAGAAAUGAUUGAGGAUUUACAAUCAGACCAAGAGAUGCGUAAGAAGAUUGAUGAAGCCAUGCACGACAAGAUUGAUGCGUUUAUCAAGAAAGUCAGAGCUACUAUUGAUUGUACCCCUGAAGGUGUAAAUCCUGUAACUUUUGAGUUGGAUGACGCUUCCGGGAAUUCUUGGAUAGAGUACAAACCAGGUGAAGCACAACACAAAUGGUCCCAUUCUGAAUAUGUGAGAACCGAUGAACAAAAUGUCCAAAUUGGGAUGCUAACUCAGGACCAAUAUGAAGAACGUCGUAAGGCUAAAUUGGCUGAAGUUGCUGAUCAUGAACGUAACCCUUCAGAAGCUCAAAAACUUGAAUCUAAUUUCUUAUCGGAUGAAACUGAUAUUGAAAAUUUUUCUAACGAAGUCCAAACGUUCACAGCUACUUGUCCUAGUUGUAUGGAAAAAUGUGAUACCCAUAUGAAACCUGUUAACAUUCCUCAUUUCAAAGAAGUCAUUAUUAUGUCUACCUCUUGUGAACAUUGUGGCUACAAAUCUAAUGAAGUUAAAACUGGUGGUGCUAUCCCAGAAAAAGGUAGAAAAAUUACAUUAUUAUGUGAUGACCCAAGCGAUUUGUCCAGAGACAUUUUGAAAUCUGAGUCAUGUUCUUUAGUGGUAAAAGAAUUGAGUCUGGAUAUUCAAGAAGGUACCUUAGGUGGUCGUUUUACUACAAUCGAGGGUUUACUAACACAAGUUUAUGAAGAACUAGAAGCCCGUAUUUUCUCUCAAACAUCGGAUUCAAUGGAUGAAACCGUUAAGAAUCGUUGGAUAGCAUUUUUCGCUAAAUUAAAAGAAGCCAUUGCUGGUAAAGUGAAAUUCACAAUCGAGAUGACAGAUCCUCUAGCUGGUUCAUAUAUUCAAAACGUUUAUGCCCCUGAUCCAGAUCCAAAUAUGAAGAUUGAGGAUUACGAAAGAACCGCUGCACAAAAUGAGGAACUUGGUUUGUCUGAGAUGAAGGUAUAA